GUUAACAGGGCUUCCAAGGUCCUCUUGAAAACUGAAAAAAAUUGGAAUGCUGUCAAAAAAGGAUAUGGACUUAUUUAAUGAACGAGCAACCGCAGCGGAGAGAGAAAUAUUCGGUUUAAAACAGCAACUUGAAUCGCUGCAACGGAGCAUUACGACUAACAUUCCGAGUAAUAUAACUAAGGAGGAGUUUGAGAAAUUGCAACAGGAAAACGCCAAAUUGACUCACAGGAUAACGAUACUUAAAAGGACUGUGGAAAUGCAGAGAGAUAAACUAGACAAUAAGAUGGAAUUGUUUGGAACUGCAGAUACAAUUAGUAUAAAAGACAAUCUUUCUGCUGUUUUUCACAAGGCUAUCAGUGCUGCUUAUCCUGAUAUACUGGAUCCACCAAUAAUAGUGACUACUAGCACUAAUCCUAAAUUUGGAGAUUAUCAGUGUAACAGUGCAAUGCCUUUAGCACAACAACUAAGUAGUUCUGGUAUUAAAAUAAAUCCACGUGAUGUUGCUAAAGAAAUUAUGUCCAAGCUGAAAGUAUCCUCUGUUAUUAAGAAAUAUGAAAUAGCUGGUGCAGGAUUCAUAAACAUAUAUCUAAAACGUGAAUUUGGGCAAUCUGUUCUAUGCAAUUGGUUAUGGGCCGGUGAAGUUCUUCCUCCGUAUGUUAAGAAGAAAAGAGUAAUUGUAGAUUUUUCUAGUCCUAACAUUGCCAAGGAAAUGCAUGUUGGACACUUAAGGUCUACAAUAAUCGGAGAUAGUAUCUCAAGAUUGUUAGAAUACUUAGGACAUGACGUGUUGAGACUUAAUCAUGUAGGUGACUGGGGCACACAAUUUGGUAUGUUGAUAGCGCAUCUUCAAGAUAAAUUUCCCAACUAUUUAACUAUUACUCCUCCAAUUGAAGAUCUUCAGACUUUUUAUAAAGAAUCUAAGACUAGAUUUGAUGAAGACGAAGAAUUCAAAAAACGUGCGUACAAAUGUGUCAUUAAAUUGCAAGCUUUCGAGCUUAAUAUAACAAAAGCAUGGAAAAUGAUAUGUGAUGUAUCUAGGCAAGAAUUAGAAAAAGUGUAUACUCGAUUGGAUAUCAAAUUGAUAGAAAGAGGUGAAUCAUUUUAUCAGAAAUAUAUGGAAUCGAUAGUUCUAGAGCUAGAAUCAAAAAAUAUGCUAGAAGAAGAUAAUGGGCGAAAGAUAAUGUGGGGAGAGAAACAUGGUAAUGGAGUACCAUUAACUAUAGUAAAAUCUGAUGGAGGUUUUACAUAUGAUACGUCAGACAUGGCUGCUAUUAAGCAUCGUGUUGAAAAGGAAAGAGCAGAUUGGUUGAUAUAUGUGACAGAUGCUGGUCAAUCUCUGCAUUUCCAAACCAUAAGAAGUUGUGCCAAAAGAGCAGGUAUCUUGAAAAGCUUUCAUAGGAUGGAUCAUGUUAGCUUCGGUGCUGUCUUAGGUGAAGACAAAAAGAAAUUUAAAACCAGAUCCGGUGACACUGUGAAACUCAGCGAAUUAUUGGACGAAGGCCUGAAGAGAGCACUGCAGAAACUGAGAGAGAAAGAACGUGACAAAGUAUUAUCGCAAGAAGAGCUAAAGGCAGCCCAAGAAUCAGUGGCAUACGGUUGCAUAAAAUAUGCCGAUUUACUGCAUAAUAGAAAUCACGAAUAUGUAUUUUCAUUUGAUAAAAUGUUAGAAGAUAAAGGCAACACAGCCGUUUACUUAUUGUAUGCUUUAACUCGAAUUCGUUCUAUCGCCAGAACGGCGAACAUUACAAAAGACGAGUUGCGACAGCGUUCGCAUGAAGUUCCGAUCUCAUUAGAACACGAAAAAGAAUGGAAACUGGCCAAAGUAUUAUUAAAAUUUCCUGAUGUAAUUCUUGGCGUUACCGAAGAUUUAUACUUGAAUCCGCUCUGCGAAUUUUGUUACGAGGUUUCAUGCGCAUUUACAGAAUUUUAUGACAAAUGUUACUGCGUAGAAAAGAAUCAAUCUGGUGAAAUAAUAAAAAUAAAUAUGGGACGUCUCUUGCUCGUGGAAGCUACUGCGCUUAUUUUAGAGAAAUGCUUUAGUUUAUUAGGUUUAAAACCUGUUGCACAAAUGUAAAAGGAUAAAA